AUGGAGCAGCAAGAACUGACAUUGAAGCAUGUGCUAAGGCAGAAUGAAGAUGUUUUUAAGGAGGAACUGGGAACCUGGAGAGGUCCACCAGCGAACAUUUAUGUAAAAGAGGGCGUGGUUCCAAAGUUCUGUAAACCUAGGCCAAUCCCUUAUGCUAUGAGGAAAAAGGUAGAGAUUGAGUUAGAGAGACUCACAAACCAGGGGAUUACUGAGCCAGUGAAAUUCUCUGAGUGGGCAACACCGAUUGUGCCUGUGUUAAAACCAGAUAAUUCAGUGCGCAUCUGUGGAGACUACAAACUUAGAGUCAAUCAGGUGUCAAAGCUUGAGCAGUAUCCAAUACCGAAAUUGGAGGACUUGUUUGAAAAUUUGUCAGGUGGUGAAAAGUUCAGUAAACUGGACCUGAGUCAUGCUUAUCAACAAGUGACACUUGAUGAACUAUCCACGCCAUAUAUCAUUAUUAACACACACAAGGGUUUGUUCCAGGUGAAUCGUCUUCCAUUUGAGGUCUCUUCCAGUCCAGCUAUAUUCCAAAGGUUGAUGGAGAGCCUGGUGACUGGCAUCCCAAAUGUGGCCAUCUAUUUGGAUGACAUCUUGCUGACGGGCCAGAAUGACUAAGAUCACCUGGCAACGCUGAACCAAGUGUUGGCAUGGCUGCAGGAAACUGGCCUACGGCUUAAGCGCAAAAAAUGUGCAUUCAGUAUAGCAGAGUUCCUUGGACAUAGGGUAGACGCCUCUGGACUUCAUCCCCUACCACAUAAGGUCAGGGCAAUACAAGAAGCACCAGCACCCACCAAUGUCUCAGAACUAAGAGCCUACUUAGGUAUGCUCAACUACUGCAACACAUUCGAAACGGUGGUAAAAAGGUGUGGCACAUGCCAAGAACACCCUAACAUGCCUGCUCCAGCACCACUGCAUCCCUGGGAGUGGCCAAGCAAACCAUGGCAACGGUUACACAUUGACUAUGCGGAACCUUUUAUGGGACAUAUGUUUUUGAUUCUGAUGAACGCUUAUUCUAAAUGGAUGGAUGCUUAUCCUGUAACAGCCUCAACUUCAACCAUCACAAUUGAAUGUCUAAGGAAGAGUUUUAGCAGUCAAGGAACACCACAGACAAUAGUGUCUGAUAACAGCUAGUGUUUUGUGAGUACAGAAUUCAAAGAAUUCAUGCAGAAAAAUGGUAUCAAGCACAUCACAUCUGCUCCUUAUUAUGCUAUUUCUAAUGGCUGUGCUGAGCAUGCAGUCCAAACAUUCAAGUCAAUGAUGAAAAAGGCAGGUGUUGGAAGCCUUACCACUAAGGUGUCAAGAGUACUGUUUAGUUACCGCAUUACACCGCAGUCUACCACUGGGUUGUCCCCUGCUGAGAUGUUGCAAGGAAGAAAGUUAAGAUCUACAUUAGACCUCGUUCAUCCAGACCAUAGAGUAAAGGUGGAACAGAAACAAAGCAUCCAAAAGAAAAAUUAUGACAAGCAAGUUUUAGGGAGACGUUUCCAGGAGGGAGACACAGUAAUCACCAGGAACUUCAGUCAUGGACCUAAAUGA